UGAUGUCCGGUCUUUCCGUAGAAUUUUUAGUAUUUUAUGAAUAUACAUCUAUUAUUGCAAUAAUAAUUCCUUAAAUACUAUUAAUUUAGUCAUUCAAUAGUUGUUUAGUAGUAGUACUUCUAUUUCCUCGAUCACAUUAAAUUGUUUUUUAAAAUGCAUUUACUCACCUUCUUUUUAUUAAUAUUAUUCGUUAACAUAAUAUAUACAUACGAUAAUGAAAUUAAGUCUGAAGCUGAUGUUGGUGUCAAAUAUGCAAAUACAUGCGAAGUCUGCAAAAUUCUCGCCACUGAAUUGCAAGAACGUCUCGAAGAAACCGGUAAAGUACAUGAUGUGAUUGAAAUAGGGUAUUCUCUCGAUGACGUCCAGCCUAAAAAGAAGACAAAAUACCAAAAAUCUGAGCUUAGAUUGAUUGAAUCGUUAGAGGGGGUUUGUGAUAAAAUUCUAAAUUAUAACAUUCAUAAAGAACGAGAAGAUAGUACCAGAUUUGCUAAAGGUAUGAGUGAAACUUUCAGAACUCUUCAUAACCUAGUAGACAAAGGAGUUAAAGUUGAUCUUGGCAUUCCACUCGAGUUGUGGGAUAAGCCAUCGGCAGAGAUAACACAUAUGAAAAUACAGUGUGAGACUCUGUUGGAAGACCAUGAAGGAGCUAUUGAAGACUGGUAUUGGAACCACCAAGGGGAGACUGAGUUGAAACACCAUUUAUGUACAAAACAUGUUUUACAAGGUGCUGAUGAUUCUUGCCUAUAUGAAGAGCUGAAAACCAGAGAGAAGGGUGACAGAUCUGAACUUUGAUAUGGAGUGUCAGUUUAAUAUGUCACCUAAUUUUAUAAAGUUAUUACAAACAAUUAUAAGUAUAUGAAAAAAGUACAGUGCUAUACAAUAAGAUAACCUGUUAUUUUUUAGUGAUCUCUACAUAGUAUCUUAGCUAUAAUUUGUCAUUAUUCUAUUAUCAUACUAUAUUCCUUCUGGGUCAUUUAAUCAUACUAAUUAUAUUUGAGGUGCAACUUUCAGUUGGGCCAUACUAUAAAACUGUGAAGUUUAGUAUUUUAAAUUAUGCUGCUAGAUGCUACUUAGUUUUUUUAUAUAGGAAAAUAUGCUGUAUUCUAUUUUAAGAAUCGAACAAAACUCUCCCAAGAGGAAGGCCUAUGUUCAACAGUGGACAGUAUGGAUAAUAACACCAUCAUUGUAUGAUACUAAUAUCAUAUACACAAUAAUUAAGUUUGAUUGUUGUCUUAAACCACUUUAAAUAAAUUAUUAAGUAUUUGACAUUAUUACAAUAUUUAUAUGAUAAGGAUAUUUGUUUUUAAUGUAGUGUAUAUAGAAUAAUAAUAAUACAGGAUUACUUUAACCUAAUUAUGUAUUUUUAUUUUUUAUAUAAUAUUAUUUAGCAGUUUUUAUAAAAUCCUCUGAAAAGUACAUUUUCGGUUAAAUCAGUUCUGUAUGUAUUUAAUGCAAUAGAUAUCCGAUAUGGAUCUAACAUACUGAUACACAACAUAAUCAUGACUCUCUAGGUCUAACACACUAUUUCAUUUUCUGUUCUUUCAUUGGAUUUGAUCCACACACAGUACAAAUGUUUGUAUUCGUAAUUAUGUCUGCUUGUAUGGGUCUGGAUGUUUUUUAUGUAUAAUAUAUAGGUAUUUAUAAAGGUAAGUAUUUUCAUCAGUUACCUAUAGUAGGUAUAAGCUUUGUUUAUUUUGGGACUGUAUAGUAAUACAGUAGUAUUUAUUAUUGUAUGAUAGAGCAUAUAAGGAGUCUAUAUGAGUUUAGCUUUGUUACUAUUUUGGUAAUUAAACCAAACUAUAAUGAACUUCUA